AUGAAAGGAGAAAAAUACAAGCCUUUAUCAGUUGAUGAUUGUAAAUUUAUUCUUUAUAAUUUUCAUGAUUCAAGUAAGGUACAAAUUUUUAAUCAAAAUCAUCUAGUUAAAAAUAAAAAGGAUGACCGCAAUUUGCCACAAAUUGAGGAUGAUUUUGUUAGAAAAAUAUCUAAAGAUGGAAAUUUACGUGUACUAAAAAAUAUGAUUAAUACAGCAAAACAUAUUAUUAACAAUUCUGAUACAACUGCUGAUGGGUUACAAAAACAAAUUGUAAGAAAACGUGAAAAAGAUAGAAGAAAACGAAAACUUGAGGCAUCGCUAGAACGGCAAAGAAAAAGAAUAGCAGAUUAUAAAAGGUUGAUGUCUAUUGAAAACAAAGUUUUGGUUUCUGAUAACAAGGAGAGCAAGUUAAAAAUAUAUAAAAUUACAGAAUGA